GCUGCCCCCGCCGCAGGCGCUGGCUACCCCCUCGCGGUGACCGUGGUGAUGCCAUGCCCCGCCACCACGCGGGAGGAGAGGAGGGCGGCGCCGCCGGGCUCUGGGUGAAGAGCGGUGCGGCGGUGGCGGCCGCGGGCGGGGGGCGCCUGGGCAGCGGCAUGAAGGAUGUGGAGUCGGGCCGGGGCAGGGUGCUGCUGAACUCGGCGGCCGCCAGGGGCGACGGCCUCCUGCUGCUGGGCACCCGCGCGGCCGCGCUCGGCGGCGGCGGCGGCGGCGGCCUGAGAGAGAGCCGCCGGGGCAAGCAGGGGGCCCGGAUGAGCCUACUGGGGAAACCGCUCUCGUACACCAGUAGCCAGAGCUGCCGGCGCAACGUCAAGUACCGGCGGGUGCAGAACUAUUUGUACAACGUGCUGGAGAGACCCCGAGGCUGGGCAUUCAUCUACCACGCGUUUGUUUUCCUCCUUGUCUUCGGUUGCUUGAUUUUGUCAGUGUUUUCUACCAUCCCUGAGCACACAAAAUUGGCCUCAAGUUGCCUGUUGAUUCUGGAGUUUGUGAUGAUUGUCGUCUUUGGUUUGGAGUUCAUCAUUCGAAUCUGGUCUGCAGGUUGCUGUUGUCGGUAUAGAGGAUGGCAAGGAAGAUUGAGGUUUGCCCGAAAGCCUUUCUGUGUUAUAGAUACCAUUGUUCUUAUCGCUUCAAUAGCAGUCGUUUCUGCAAAAACUCAGGGUAAUAUUUUUGCCACGUCUGCACUCAGAAGUCUCCGUUUCCUGCAGAUUCUCCGUAUGGUGCGCAUGGACCGAAGGGGAGGCACUUGGAAAUUACUAGGCUCUGUGGUUUACGCACACAGCAAGGAAUUAAUCACAGCUUGGUACAUUGGAUUUUUGGUUCUUAUUUUUUCAUCUUUCCUUGUCUAUCUGGUGGAAAAGGAUGCCAAUAAAGAGUUUUCUACAUAUGCAGAUGCUCUCUGGUGGGGCACAAUUACGUUAACAACGAUUGGCUAUGGAGACAAAACUCCCCUCACUUGGCUGGGAAGAUUGCUUUCUGCAGGCUUUGCACUCCUUGGCAUUUCUUUCUUUGCCCUUCCUGCCGGCAUUCUUGGGUCAGGUUUUGCACUAAAAGUACAAGAACAGCACCGCCAGAAACAUUUUGAGAAAAGAAGGAACCCAGCUGCCAAUCUUAUCCAGUGCGUUUGGCGUAGUUAUGCAGCUGAUGAAAAAUCUGUUUCCAUUGCGACCUGGAAGCCACAUUUGAAGGCCUUGCACACCUGCAGUCCUACCAAUCAGAAGCUAAGUUUUAAGGAGCGAGUGCGCAUGGCUAGCCCGAGGGGCCAGAGUAUUAAGAGCAGACAAGCCUCGGUAGGUGACAGGAGGUCCCCGAGCACCGACAUCACAGCCGAGGGCAGCCCCACCAAAGUGCAGAAGAGCUGGAGCUUCAACGACCGAACCCGCUUCCGGCCCUCGCUGCGCCUCAAAAGUUCUCAGCCAAAACCAGUGAUAGAUGCUGACACAGCUCUUGGCACUGAUGAUGUAUAUGAUGAGAAAGGAUGCCAGUGUGAUGUAUCAGUAGAAGACCUCACCCCACCGCUUAAAACUGUUAUUCGAGCCAUCAGAAUUAUGAAAUUCCAUGUUGCAAAACGGAAAUUUAAAGAAACAUUACGUCCAUAUGAUGUAAAAGAUGUCAUUGAACAAUAUUCUGCUGGCCAUCUGGACAUGUUGUGUAGAAUUAAAAGCCUUCAAACACGUGUCGAUCAAAUUCUUGGAAAAGGGCAAAUCACAUCAGACAAGAAAAGCCGAGAGAAAAUAAUGGCAGAACAUGAGACCACUGAUGACCUCAGUAUGCUCGGCCGGGUAGUCAAGGUUGAAAAACAGGUACAGUCCAUUGAGUCCAAACUGGACUGCCUACUAGACAUAUAUCAACAGGUCCUCCGGAAAGGCUCCACCUCAGCCCUCACUUUGGCUUCAUUCCAGAUCCCACCUUUUGAAUGUGAACAGACAUCUGACUAUCAAAGCCCUGUGGACAGCAAAGACCUAUCCACUUCCGCACAAAACAGUGGCUGCUUAUCUAGAUCAGCUAGUGCCAACAUCUCACGGGGCCUGCAGUUCAUUCUGACGCCAAAUGAGUUCAGCACUCAGACUUUCUAUGCGCUUAGCCCUACUAUGCACAGUCAAGCAACACAGGUGCCAAUGAGUCAAAGUGAUGGCUCCGCAAUGGCGGCCACCAACAAUAUUGCAAACCAAAUAAACGCGGCACCCAAGCCAGCAGCCCCAACAACUUUACAGAUCCCUCCUCCUCUCCCAGCCAUCAAGCAUCUGCCCAGGCCAGAACCCCUGCACUCAAACCCUACAGGCUUACAGGAAAGCAUUUCUGACGUCACCACCUGCCUUGUUGCCUCCAAGGAAAAUGUUCAGGUUGCACAGUCAAGUCUGACCAAGGACCGUUCUCUGAGGAAAAGUUUUGACAUGGGAGGAGAAACUCUGUUAUCUGUCCGUCCCAUGGUGCCGAAGGAUUUGGGCAAAUCCUUGUCUGUACAAAACCUGAUCAGGUCAACAGAAGAACUGAAUAUACAGCUUUCAGGGAGUGAGUCAAGUGGCUCCAGAGGCAGUCAAGAUUUCUACCCCAAAUGGAGGGAAUCCAAAUUGUUUAUAACUGAUGAAGAGGUGGGUCCCGAAGAGACCGAGACAGACACUUUUGAUACCACGCUGCAGCCCGCCAGGGAAGCUACUUUUGCGUCAGACUCUUUAAGGACUGGAAGAUCACGAUCAUCUCAAAGCAUUUGUAAGGCAGGAGAAAGUACAGAUGCCCUCAGCUUGCCUCAUGUCAAACUGAAAUAAUUUCUUCGUUUUCUUUCUAGACAUAGCAAUUCCUUUAGCCAUACAUAUCAUUGCAUGAACUAUUCUGAAAGCCCUUCUAAAAAGCUGAAAUUGCAGUUAUCAGGAAGAACAUGAAAGGUAGUUUGUAAGCCCGUUAUCUUUUAAUUGCAUGAAAAUGCAUGUUUAGGGAUGGCUGAAAUUCCAAGGUACAUCGACAUUAAUCCACUCAUUUAGUAACGUACCUUGAGUUACAAAUUCUGAGAAACCAAACACUGUUAAUGCUGGGGGGUAUAUGAAAAAGCCAAGCUUAGGUCAGUUAGAAGAUUCGACACUGUGUCUUGAAAUUAUGGGUGGAAGCACCUUCAAAUUUCAGGCAUUUCUGCUUUGUGGUUAAAUACAAAAUACAUUUUCUAAAUUAGGCCAUAAUGUAUAUUUAAACGCAAUGGUUACCAGCAGCUGCUAGCAAAGAACCAAGUAAAGCAGAUUUGGGGAAUAAUAGAAAUGGCUGCUUAUUCCGAGAUGUAUUUACCAACUCAUUCCUCUUCAGUCAUUUUAUUAUUAAUGUAAUUUGAAUGUCAAUUUGUGUGCUUUUGGUGAUUUAGUGCUGUGGCGAGCAGUUUCGCACAUCAUUUUCAUAUUGUUCUUUAAGAUGAGAAUGUUCUUCAGUUAGAAAGUGUGCAAAUAAUGAAAUUCAGGGCCAGUGGAGCAGAUAAACUAUUUGACAUAUUUGACUUUAUGGAAACAUAUUCCCUGCUGGCUGGAUCAACUAUAUAAGUGGUCAACUUCUGCACAUGCAGAUAAACCACUGAUGGAUAGAAUAGCCAAUGUGACUGGGUUGAUCUCUCUGCACUGGCGCCAACCCCAGGGGGAGUGUGAGAAGCUAUUCUCAUUAAGCUGGCAUAUGGGCAGGACCCUGGGCAGGGCGGAGGGGGACAUUUGAGUGGGACUAGAAUGGAAAAGGUUUGAGAAGAAUGCAGAAACAACACUGGGAAGUAGAUGAGGAUAAAGAACAUGGCUUCCCCCAUCAGAGGGGAAUGAGAAGGAGAGAAACCAAAAUAGAACUAGAUUUUUUUUUAAAUAAGGAUCGCUAGGAAAUUUAACUACUUAAACAUCCCUUAUUCUUAUAUAUAAACACAGACUUUUGAAAGGUAUUUAUUUUUUAAUACGCCCUUGAAUGUCUUUUGCUAUUAUGUAGUACAUUUUGCAUAUGAAAGUCUAAAGCUGAACUGCCUUUACUUUUUAUACUGUAGUGAACAUUUUCUAUCCUCCCCAAGAAUGUUGCCCCAGAUCUGAAAUCGCCCUGCCAGGUAACGCCGGCAGGGUCUGCAAAUCAAAACACUUAAUAAUACAAGCAGGGCAGCAAAAAGACCAAGGGAAAACCAAUGGAAAACAUUUGCCAGAGAGCAAGCAACGCUGAACUGCUUGUUAGAAACCAAUCUAGCUAUCUCAGAUCACCAGAACUUCAGCCAGAGUAAUGGCCUUCUAAAGACAAAGAGAAGAGAGGUGUCAUUUAAACUCAGCUAAAACCAGCCACAAGAAAGCAGGACAUUAGCAGACAUUAGUGCUGCCUUCAGAAAAACUUCAGCAGCCAGGGAGAAUAAGCAGGGAUAUUAACUCAUUGUUCAAAAGAGGAAGGAGGUUGUACAACAGAAGAUCCUUCCCAAGUCUCAACCCCAACAGUCUUCACCAUUGAAUCUCCUCCUACUUAAACUGCUUAUUGGUUACCUGCCAUCGUUUUGCUUCUGAACUUCACUAGGCUUCAACCAGCCUCCAUUCCCAAGUCAAUCACGUCUCCUCUCCACCUAAAUUGUGCUUCUCAACGUUUUAAAAUCUUUGUCCCUUUUGAUAAGCACUGACAUUUUAAAAGCUUCCUUUCCUCACCUCCCUGCAUCCCAACACACUCCCCUGGAGUGUAUCAUUCAGAAUCUUCUUGGCUGCUGGAGAGAUACAGAAGACAGAGUCUAAAUUUUACAGUACAGUUAAAAAGAUUUUGUCAAGCUUUUAAAGCAAUUAUUUUCUUUUUCCAAAUAUAGAAAUUUAGUAAAUUAUUUUUAUCUACCUAUGUCUCCACUCAUCCAGAAGCUGUGAUACACCUUCCCAGGGAGACUGUACUGGCACACACAGGCACACAAACACACCCCUCCACUGUCCUAAGCCAGAUACCUGCCAUGCACUCAGUAGGCUCUUUCCAAAUAUUAGCGGAGGAAGAAAAAAGAGGCAGCAACUUUCAGGUAGCACUGAUUCUUGGACACACUGUCCUGGGUCGAACCCCACUGGCAGCAGGAAUUGUGAAUGUACUGGGGACCCCUCCUUAGGCCUCUUCAGACCUCAAACACAGGCAGUUCAUCCAGCACUGCUGAGGACUGAACAUUCAAAAAACAAAACCUAAACUCAUCACUGCAGUCUUAAUCAUAGCAAAAUGUGAUAAACCAUGUUGUGAAAAAAUUUUUAUACAUUGAAGCCAUUUUGUGUCUAUCUUUCUCUAGCACAAAAACUCAUGGAUGUCAAAAGAUAGUUGUAUUGUGUGAAAACUGUAGGGUUUGUCUGUUGUGUUACUCUCUAUGAAUAUUAGAGGGGUCUCCCAUUUACACUUGGCAAAGUCCCAUUGGUCAAUCCCAGAUGGUGUCUUGAAGCACAAUUUAGUGGCAAACUGGGUAGCCAUGUGCUUGCAGUUCAAGUUUGUCUGCCGCCUUCAAUAGGUUGGGUUGAUCAAGCUAAGACUUAAUUGCAAACAUCCCUUGUAUGACGUGAACUAAAAAAUUUUGGUGUGUCUGAUCUAAAUGUUUGCAUUUUGUUCAACUAAAUCAGUAUCUGUAGAUCGCAAGUUUUGUUAAAAGUAAGCCGCUUUUUUGAGUUUUUAAGUCUUCAUCUCCUGCUCUAAGGUGCCUUUCUCACCUCCCAUUGACUCAGCAAUUCUGAAAGCUCUUAAUUUGCAGGUAAAACAACCCUAAUAAAAAAAAAAAAAUAGAGAGGAGGAAAUCAGGCACAAAGUGACUAAUUCUCAUGCCCAUUUGCAAAGCAAAACUACAAGGAAUGAUGAAAUCUAGCCAACUAAAUUAGUGGAACACUUCGUUCAAUCAAAUUGAGGAAAUAUCAUAAAUAUUAACUUAUCUCCCUAGAAGCUGAAUUUUUUUUUUUUUUGCCUUAAAUGACAUGGUUGUGUCUUUGUAAGAGAAACUUAAUUUAAUAUAAUUAUGUGCGUUUAAGUGAGCAGUUCUAAAGUCAUGUAUGACAAUGCAAUUAUCUGUUUCCUGAAAACAAAUAAAUUGGGAAUAUUAUAUCCAUUUCAAGCUAUGGUUAAAAAGUAAUUUCCUUUGCUCUUUUACUGAGAUUAUUUGUUUUAAAGUAAAACAUUAAAAAGAUGUCUAUAAACAGCUAGUGUGACUACUUUUAUCUGGAACUAACUGGUUGCUUUGCUUCUGAACUGACUGGUGGAAGUCAACCAAACUAUAUACAGAUUUUGGACUGAAAUAUAAAAGUUAUCUUUUUGCAGUGUUGCUGAGGCAAUCCUUAAUAAUUUGGGUAGGAGGAAGGUUUGCAAAUGUUUUUUAAAGGUAUCAUAAGAAAAAUUAAUUUGACUCGAUAUUGAUCAAAAGUCACAUAGUAGCUCAUAUGAGCAUUGUGUUAGCUAUACAAAAAGAGUUUGUGAAACAAGUGAUAAGAAAUGGGGAAGAGGCAGGUGACCAAAUGCUGUAACCCCUGGCUACUCAGAACUACUACUUUUAGCACCUACCCAGCUCUACCAUAACGCAGGAGGGCUUCUGCUCCAAGGGGAUCUUUUCUCCUUCCCUAGAUAUCCCGUUGCUUCUGUCCCACUAGCAAAUGUGUACUAAGUGUCCAUGAUUAACUCCAGUGGAAAUACCUUAAAGGAGGCUCAAAAUGUUAGAACUUCUGAUACAAAACACCAAAGUUCUAACAGUCAUUUUGGACAGAGGGAAGAAGGAGGGAGUGUUAUCUUGGGGGGGAGGGGAGACUUCCAGCAUAGUUCUCAUGAGAUCAAACAGAUACGUGCCUAUUCUAUGAAAAUUGUGUGUGGAAUAUGCUUGCUUGACCAACUUAAAAACGUAAAGUGCUUCUAAACACUCUUAGAACUACUUUAGCAGUACCUCACAAAUAAAAGCAAAUAAUGAAUAUGUUUACAACAAUUAUUCCACCAUCACCACCUCUUAAUUGAUAGGAGUCAUGGGUGGUGCAAAAUGCUGUUAAUUGAAAGGUUGGAGAUUUGAGUCCAUCCACAGAUGUCUCAGAAGAAAGGCCUGGUGAUCUACUUCUGAAAAAUCAGUUCUUGAAAACCCUAUGGAGCACAGUUCUGCUAUGGCACACAUGAGGUCACCCUAUGGAGCACAGUUCUACUAUGGCACACAUGAGGUCACUAUGAGAUGGAAUUGACUCACUGGUGAUUGGUAACCACUGAUAACAAUAGAUCCCCAGACCUUGAACUGGCAACUUUCAUGUCUUAGACUGGGUUCUAAGCAAAACCAGUGAAGUUUUGGAGAGAUUAUCUCAAGGAAAUGGCUCACUUGGUUGUGG